AUGCAGGAUGAUCGCAAUCGUACUGGAGUUAAAGUUUGCGGCAAGAGAUAUCCUCAACCAUGGCGUAAAGCUGCUGUAGUCAACAGUAAAAACGGGAGAGCGGAAUACCGUCGACGCGACACAGGAGAAAAAUUUCCGUACAAGCACAAAGUUAACGGCAAGUAUGUAGAAUCUUUCGCUACGAACCAAUGGAUCGCCCCGUACACUAUAUGGCUCCUUUCCAAAUACAACUGCCACAUGUGUUUCGACGUGUGCACCGGUAGCGCGAUAGUCAAAUACAUAUACAAGUAUAUAAACAAAGGUGCUGAUUUUAUUAAGGCGAAGAUUCUAUGUGACGGCGACGAGAUCGAGGCAUACCGCUCAGCUCGUUACAUAUCAGCUGCAGAGGCUGCGUGGCGGUUGCUGGGUUUCCAUGUCAUCGAACGUAACCCGUCCGUCAGUUCUCUCCGACUGCACCUUCCCAACGAACAGCAAAUUGUUGUAGACGAAUCUCUUUCACGCGCUGAGCAAAAGGUGGCGGCACGGGCGUCCACGUCCGAUCUACUUCUUUACUUAGGGAGGCCUACUGACCAAACAUUUGAUUCGCUUACCUACUUGGACUACAAUGAACAGUACAUCGUCAAGAAAGACAAGGCCCGUCAGGGGACGUUUUUCAGAGACAAAUUCCGCAACUAUGUCACACCGCGGUCGUCCGAUAAACAUGUUGCGCGGAGGCCUUCUGACCAAACAUUUUAUUCGCUUACCUACUUGGACUACAAUGAACAGUACAUCGUCAAGAAAGACAAGGCCCGUCAGGGGACGUUUUUCAGAGACAAAUUCCGCAACUAUGUCACACCGCGGUCGUCCGAUAAACAUGUUGCGCGUGUGUCCGCCAUGUCCCCGGACAAAGGUGAUGUUUUCUACUUGCGCCUGCUUCUACACCAUAAACCAGCAAGAUCUUUCGAACAGUUGAGAACGCACGAUGACACCGUCUACGACACGUUUCAGGACGCCGCCAGAGCAAUGGGAAUUAUAAAGCACGACGACGAGUACAGAAUUUGCUUACAGGAGGCGGUCAUAUUUAACACGGGUAGACAACUGCGUGAACUAUUCGUUACCCUUAUUCUUGACGGCGCUCCGGCCAAAAUAUUGUGGGAGCAGUUCAACCAGGACUUCACCGAAGAUUUGCGAAUAAACAUGUCUGAUCGGGAUGCCAACAACACCGCACUCCGCCAAAUUGAUCUCGUUUUGCAGCACCACGGACGAACGAAUGAGGUCGUUGGGCUGCCGGCGGUAAUCCACCUAGAUACCGAAUACAUACGAUUUAAACACAUGUUCGACCCAGCUCAGAUGAGUGCAUUCGUUGACGAGCACUUGGCAAAUCUCACCCACGAGCAACGGCAUGUGUACGAUACCGUCGUUUCAAGCGUAACAUCAGGCGCCUCGAACCUAUUCAUGAUUGAUGCGCCAGCUGGCACUGGCAAGACGUACACGGAGAGCAUACUGUGCGCCCGUCUCAGGUCCAUGAGCAAAUUAGUUUUGUGUGUAGCCAGUACCGGAAUUGCCGGACUUCAAUUGCCAGGAGGAUGGACAGCGCACUCUAUGUUUAAGCUUCCGCUGGAAGAGAAAAACGUCAGUGGAGCAAUGUGUAAUAUCUCUGCAGAAUCACAACGAGCGGAAGUGCUACGUAAAUGCGACCUUAUUGUUUGGGAUGAGAUUCCAAUGAGUCACCGUUUUUCCGUUGAAGCGCUCAACCUUACACUGCAAGCAGACCUAUUGGGUAAUGACAACAUAAUGGGAGGAAAAACCGUACUCCUCAGCGGCGAUCUACGUCAAAUAGGUCCUGUUGUCAAGCAUGGUGGACCAGCUGAGACUAUUGAUGCGUCGCUCAUAUCCAGCCCGCUUUGGCCUCAUGUACAACGCAUGCGACUAACAAUUUCACAGCGUGAUCGAGAAGACGCCGCGUACGCGAGCGCAAUUUUGUCGUCGACAAAUGCCACAAUUGACUUAAUCAACUCCCACGUGCUUGACAUUCUGCCCGGGGACAUGCUAACGGCAUAUAGCUGUGACACAGUUGACCCUCACGAUAAUAACCUUGACUUCGUUGCUACGGCUGAUCUCAACGCAAUCGACGUUUCAGGCGUGCCGCCACAUGCAUUGGAGUUGAAGUUAAACUGCAUGGUCAUGAUAACACGGAACCUCAAUUUCAAGCAGGGUUUGGUCAACGGUCAAAAGGCUAUAGUGCGUGGUUACUCAACACGGAUUGUGCAUGUAGAACUCCUUGAUGGACUGUCCUCUCUAGUUCUGAUACCGCGUAUACGUCUUAAUGCAAAAGUUGGGCGGAACGGGAUCGCUUUCUCGAGGUUGCAGCUGCCGCUUCGCGUUUGCUAUGCCCUCACGAUCAACAAGAGUCAAGGUCAAACUGUGCCCAAAAUCGGGCUUGACUUGCGGUCACGUUUUCACCCAUGGGCAACUCUACGUAGCACUCAGCAGGGCGCAGAAGAGAUCGUCGAUUAUGUGCCUCACAUUACCCGCGAGGUUGCGUGGUUCCCUAAACCGUACCGCAUUUGUUGCCAACAUNUUUCACGCAUGGGCAACUCUACGUAG